CUGUGCACUCGUGAGCAUUUUGUUUGAGUGCCUUACAGUUGGGCAGUGGCGGUAGUUAGUAGACGCUGCUGAUACCCGUUUGGUUUUAUUUUAGCUUCUUUUUUAAAUUAAAAAUUUGUGUUUUUACUCUUUGACCUCUUUUCACAUGUAACAAAAUUCUCUAUUUCACUGCAACGACACUCGCUAUUUUUUUGCCGACCUAGAACAAGCUGAAUCAGAUGGGAACCGAGGAGAGAGAUUGGGUGGAAGUGGCCAAUGAUCUCAUCUGCAAGUGUCACGUUAACCUGAGGAUACAGAGGCUCACAGAGUGCGAUGCCAGUGUGUUCGUGGCCUUAUAUGAAGCUAUCUUAGGAGAAAAAGUUCCAGAUUACAUCGUUGCGCCCAAGAGCCAAGAGGAUGACAUUCACAACAUACAAUCUGUGAUUGACUCGCUGGCCUUGGACUAUCUCCAGAUCAGCUUAUCUCACAUCACAGGUGAGAACAUUGUGAGAGGAGAUAAGGAUUCCAUCCGUAACCUUCUGGAGAUCUUCGAUGGGUUGCUGGAGUAUCUCACGGAGCAGCUCAGUGAGGAAGAAGAGCUCCCGAAUGGAGAGCUCAAUGGUACGGUCCACCCUGCAGGAGCACAGGAGCAGGAUAAAGAGGAGAAGAUGUCUCAGAUCUCUAGCACACAUUCUGCUGUCCAGUCCAGUAAAUAUUCCCUCCAUUCCUGGAACGGGGACGAAUCGGAGUCAACCGCCGAGCUGAUCCGGUUGGGCGAUUCGGCCCGUACAUUCACCACAAAGCAAGAAGUGCGCUCACACCCCCUGCCCUCAGUCAUUUCUACUAAAAAAGCUCCCAGUGACCCCGACCCACUCACAGAUCAACCCCCUCAGCAGAUAGAGCCGUUCCACUCAGCCUUUCCUCUGCAGCCUCCCAAACAGACCACUCCACAUCGGGCGGGGAGACCUCCGUCAUCACCGCCUCCCACAGAGGAUAAUGCGGGAGACGCAGAGGGGACAAACGAACAGAAUGGUCAUUCCCCUAAGUGUAAUGGUGUUCAGACUAAUGGGAUCCACACUUCUGCAGAAAGCGAGAGGUCUGAGCAGAGUCUGAAAGAAACACAGCCUGAGGCUCCCAAAGCACAAGUGGAGAGUGGUAUUGAGGGAGCACGGCGUGUCCUGUUCCACACUCAGCCGGAUGUACUGCUCCUGUCCCAGAGAGAGGACAUGCACACACACAGCCAUGCGGAAGAGGGGCAGAGUGAUGAAGAACGGCUCCACAGCUCCGGCUCAUCGUCUGGAAGACGGAGGAGCUACAGGAGCAGGAGCCUCGGGUUGGCCGAGGAAAGCGAGGACCCAUUAUCCAGACGCAGUCAGAAGAACAGACAGGCCGAGCAGGAGCUGCACGAGAUGUCAGAGAAACUCGCUCGCCGUCUCGAGGAGCUCGAUCUGAUGCUGAAGAGGGCUCUGGGGGAGACAGGGAACGAGUCAAAGCCUGCAGAGGAGGACAAACACUCCCACCACAGUGACAGUUUCAUGGAGUGCAGACGUGUCCCCAGACCCACAGAUAAGGCCAGUGUGGACAGACCUCCUCGCACACGCUCCCUCUCUCCUUCUCCUCCUCCUGUAUGUCGUUCCAGUCAGAGCUUGCUAGAGGGCGCCCCGCUCUCAGACACGCGGCAACACACGGCCCGGAGGCGGCACGACAAGCUCCGACACAUUCAGGACCAGCGCAGGAAAAGCCAGAUGGUAGCUGAAGCUUAUGAGGCAGAGCUGAAGAACUUGGAUGAGCAGCAGAGAGUAGACUUGGCCAUCGAGAGACUGCGAGCUCAGGAGGCUGAGCGGGAGUACAGGGAAGCCAUACGUAAAGAAGCAUCUCGUGCAUCAAAAUCUCUUAACUACAGAUCUAAAUCGACGCUUUCAAGCAAGAGUCCCCGCUCCAAAGCUGCAGCACCCAGCCGACCACGGGCCCAGACCCACAAAACAGCCCCAUUGCGGGUGAAGGAGAACGACUUGUUGCCAGCUCUGUUGGAUGACUUCCCUCCUCUGCAGUUCUCUCCUCACACUCUGUCCCGCAUGUGGAAGCAGCAGCUCCGGCAGGUCGACCAGCUCAGUGCUCUGGACAACCAGCACAAACACACACGCAAACACACCAACCAGGUAGAGGAGGCCCAGAAGAGACACGACCUGCUCGUGGAUAUCAUCCGCAAAGAGCAGGAGCACAAUCGUCGCCUGAAGGAUUUCAGAGAGAGAAUCCAGCAGCAGAGGUCUGCGCAGAAUAAGCUGCGGGAGCAGAGGCAGCAGGUGGCCCGCGCCCGCAAAUACCACAGCGAUUACCAUGUGCAGCUGCGCGCUCGACUCCUCCGAGCCCGCACACGAGAGGAGAGGAUGUUUCGGCAGGUGUUUGAGGAGGGUCUGGAGCAUCAGAAGGCCCGUCUGAGGGAACAGCGUGCGUGCGCUAAAGAACAGCGUCAGGAGCAUGCACGCAAACACAAAGACGAGAUUGAGGCCAUGGAGAACUACUACAAGGACCAGUUUUCCAUGCUGGCUGAAAGACUUGCCCUGGAGCGCCAGGAGAUCCAGGUGCGGAAGAAAGCCCAGGAAAAGGCUCUGCACAAGAUGAAACGGGACCUGAGGAGCAAGAUGGAGCGAGAGAUCAACGAGUUGCAGAAGAUCAUCAUUCAGGACGACGAGGAAGACUACUUCCGUGAGCUGGAGGUGGAGCGGCUGCGCAGGCGUGUGCAGAUGGCCUCCUUCCAGUACGGCGCGAGCUGCACAUACUGACUGCAGGCCAGUCUAGGGACCAAUCUCAACCUACACUCACCCUAACACCAGGCUGGAGGCGUUUCCACAUUCACACACGCAAUCUCUGCGCUGGAUUAUUGCACAAGGGCUUCUGAUGAGCACAUUUCUACACGAUGCGUCCUGUUAAAGCUAAGUAGAGGAAUCUCGGAUAGGGACAAAAGUAAAAUCGGUCACUUUCCUUAAAGACAUUUUGACUAUCACACUAUGCAUCACAAUAUUUAGUUUGGUCAGUGAGCAUGUACAAGAAAUGGUUUUCACUCAUAACUUUAUUUAAAUACCAAAAUAAAUCCUUUAACAAGGAAAUGGAGGAAUUUUAAGGUCCAAGCUGCAGCUUGUUACUGUGAGUCACAGUGAUCAGUUUUAGAAAUGUAUUAAGGCAUUUGUGCUGUAAUUUUACUGCAAUAUUUGAUGCACAAAUUAGGGGAUGCGACAAUAUAUACAUCUAUAAGAUUUAGAUUUCCCAAUAUGCAACCAAUGAGGAUUAUAUAUAAAAAAUAUAUAUAUAAAAAUAAUUACUACAUUGCAAUACGUAGAAAAAUGCCUUAUGUCUAAAUGCCUUAGCUGAAGCCUUGUUUCUGUUAUUUGUUUUUUUCCCUACUCCUACUCUCAUAUGCCGGAAACUGUGAUUGUGAUUCAAACUGAGCGUUAUACAUUUUUCAUAUGUAUUUUUUUUUUAACACCAUUCCACUCCUAAAGACAUGAUUACAAUGGCAUGUUGUGCAAAAGUAUGAUUUGCAUAGCGUGUAAAUAAUUUCUCUCUAGUUAUAACUGCAUAGUAAGCUGAUAAUCUCCUGCAUCAUUUACAUGAGCAGACGAAACCAUGCAUAACAUUCAAAUUGAGAUUUUCUCUAAUUACCUGUGACGCACUAUGGUGUGUCAAAGUUCUUUGUGCCAAUCCUGAGGUCCGAGAGUCGCCUAACUAUCUGUUCUCACAACACCACAUCCUGACUGUGUUUAGUUCCCAUUCAACAGUGUAGAAUUUAUUAUAACGACGGUUUCUUCGUUUGCUGGGUUUUAUUAUUAAAUUCAAACAGGUUUUAAACUAAAGUAACUGUUUAGCUGCUAUUGUUUCUUAUUGGAACUUAAAAACAGCUGGUCGGGAUACAGCAAUGCUGAUGUCAGUGUCUUGUCCUUGCGAGUGUAAACACAGGGUUACUGUACUGUUUAAUGCAAAAUGUUGUUUUCUAUUGUGAAACUGUAAAUCAGAUCAGCUCCAUGUAGCUUAUGAGGCAUAUUUAUUAAAAGAAACUGGGAUCUGUUUAAAAAAAAAAACAUGUUGUAUGUGGACACUAAAUCACUGGACGUCUUUGAGAAUGUGGAGUCCUGCGUAUGACGAGUCCUCCAUCUCAAACACACUGAACCCUUUACUUGCUGCUAACACCGAGUCUUCCUCCAUCACUAAACUGCUGAUGCAAGUCUAAAUGAACCUGUUUUUCUUAUUUUUUCCUUUUGGUGUUGAUAGAAAAGCGAUUGUGCACCUUUCCACCCUGACGUGGACCGUUGAUUAUUAGGUUGCUGUUAAUAAUGAUCUGCAAAUCUUUUUAAUUAUUUUAUUUUUGAAUUUCUCAUUGCUGGAUCGGUCUUCCUAAGUGUGUAAAACCUGUCAUAAGUUAAAUAUUUAUUAAAUUGCAUAAACUGA